GCAUGAGUGUACAAUCUCAUGCGAUACGUACAGAAAUCCCUGCACCUGUUCCAGUCCAGGUCACAGUGAAAAGAGAUAAACAAUAUAUUUCCCGAGGCUAGGGUUCUUGCAAACAAUGCGCUUACCUAAACUAGUGGAAUCAUUUGCGGAGCUGCAGCGGUUACGAGAAAUUUCUUAUCAGACUGUAUAGCGCGACGUACGCCUGCAAGUAAGGCACAGUUUGCUAUGUCAGCCUGAGAGCUCCUCGAGAGAGGAACGAAUUGGAAUCGUAUUGACCGAGUAAUUGCCGUUCGUAAAAAAAUCGCUGCAAACCUACACGAAUUCUUAGUAUCGUCACGCCAACGUGCUCGAGUGUUAAUUCUCGUUUCUGCUAAAGAAUUACAUAAUGUACGUGCAUGAGUCACAGGGUGUAUAGGAGGGACGUGUAAACGUCAAAAUCGUGCUGCCUGUGAUUUUCUUGUAUUCUAGCUCGGGCCUGUCCAAAGUAUUCCAAGGAACAUUUGCAAUGAACAAAGAGCACUAUGCUGUCUGGCGGUGAAUGGAAAGGAUACUAUUGAGAAAUGGCAAUUCUCAAAUUGAAAAUACUGAAGUAUAGGUGCAUGAUUUCAUAGCUGUGGGAUUGUCGCCGUUGCACCAUAACGUUCAACCAGGUAUUUGUUCAUCGAACAGAAUAGUUGUUCGUAAAGCAUUUAUCUUGCGAGAAAUGCCAGCACCACCUCCGCCACUCCCAAGUUUGCCAGAGGCACCUAUGUGUGAAAAAACAGAAGUGAGCGAUGCGGAUUCUUUGCCUUCUUGGGCCAAGAUUACCCUUACUUCUACAGAAGCAGAGAUCGAAAAGUUAAUAGCACAAAACGAGUUAAAAGAUGCGGAAGUAACAUAUUUUUGUCAAGUGGAACCAAUUUUGCAAGAUGGGCCACAAUGCGGUUUGGUGGCACUCGCUAUGGCAUCGCAGGAGUACACAAAACCAGUCUCUGUGAGCCAACUUCUAGCAGAAGCCCGUGUUAGAGGCUUCACGCAACAUGGAGAAGUAUACAGCGUUGAUUUCAUGGGCACGUUAGCAGCUGAAUAUUUACCUGAUCAUAGACCAGAUAUUUUAGUAGAUCUACAGCAAUGCCCGGAUACUCUGACUCAUGCUCUAGCUCACGGGGCUAUGGUAAUGAUCCCAUACGAUUCUGAUUUCAACCACGCUCCCUGCUUGAAAAGAGGUCAUAAAUCUCACUGGGCACUACUCGUGGGCCUAAUUUCAUCUAGACAAGGAUAUCAUGUCUUAGCGCGCCAUGGAAAAUCACGUCACUUAGCUUGCUGGCCGUUGCGCGAUUUGAUUGAAAGUAAUGGGAACUUGGAAGAGGAAGGGACAGCCAGACAUGCUGGAGGAUACGUUAUACCAAAGGGUGGAGUCGGUGGUCAAAGAGGUCUGCGCGGUAGGGCACUGGCGUUGCAUCCAUACAUAUAAAAUCAUGUACAAGAAUCUGUAGGUAAUUGAUAUCACAGUGAAAGACAGAAAUUACUUUCUAACAUUACUGUAUCCAUAUUACGGUAUAUGGUAAAUAUUCAAAGCGUAACAACAUUUGCACAGCUGCCGCAAAAUUCGUUUAUGAGAUGUGAUGGUUCAAGGUGGGAUACCACGUGUUUAAACUCGCAUCGCAGAAAUCUAUUCGAUAUCCGGUAGAGAGUAUCGGUCUUCGAAAUUUUCGUAUUAGAUAGAAUAUCAGAUGAUAUUUCAUUCGUCAAGCUCUCCGACACACAACGUACAUAAUAAUAAUAAUACUAAUAAUAAUAAUAUCAUGUGUUUGACUUACAUGCACGCGAACUACUUCGAGAAAAAAAUAAAACUUUCUUUUAUGUGUCGAGUAUUAAACUCUUCCUGUGAUGCAAUACGUACUAAGCAUGCGCGUAAAUUUAGUCUGAGAAACUGUAGACGUACGUACAGGUGCAUGGAUGGGCGAACGUGAAGAAUUAACGAAAAAAAGUCUAUAAAAAUAUCUAUAUUGAAUAGCUAUCUAAGUGUACUAGCUAGGAAGUUAUCGAAAUCGUAACUAGCUGGGAUGAACAGAUUUAAGUAUAUUUAUUUAGCGGCGGAAGAGAUCGUCAGAAGUUUUUUGGUAAUUAUUGUGAAUAUUUUUUUUAUGUUGGCAUUAUACGAAUAAAGACUAAAUCCAUCGCAAGAGUCUCGCAGAUUGCAUUUGAGGCAAUGAAACUUAAUGUUCGUGUGCUAUAUCAGAUUGAGCGCAUUGCUUUUAAGAUGAACAAUCGCCUAAAUUCAAACAACUAUUAUACAAUAAUAUGACUACUAUGCCAGACUUUUUACCAAAUAUUAUACAUACAUAUAUAUAUUAUAUAGACAUAUGUACAAGUAAAAAUCAUAUAAAUCGAUUUUAUGUCGCUAUAUCCACGACAAAUGUUAUCACGGUAUUUUGUUGACUAUCUCGAAAGCAAUGUGCUUCUAAAGAGGAAUCUUACUGUGUGUAGAUUAUAUAAUAUGCUUGUUUCACUAUUUAUUUACUAAUAUGUAAAGUAUGGGCAUAGUCCUCAUAAUUUACAAAUAUAUAUAUAUAUACACACACGGAAUUAUAAAACCUGAAGAUACUUUACGACUGGCUGGUUUCUUCAGUUGUGCGGUAUCUUCAACGUUUUCUAUUAAAUCUGUCAGUAAAAUGCAUAUAGCAGGUUCAAAACAGAUGCUAUAAAUUUGUAGACACAUUGAAUGGUUUCGAAUCGAUUAAAUGAAACCAAUGAUAACAAAAAGAAUAAAGUGUACCCAAGUGCCGCCAAAACGUGAGGUUCAUUUAUUAACAGAAGAAAAUCGUACACUGUGCUGUUUGCCCGUACAAGUGUCUCUAAAUUUAAUGUCGCGACGUAUAAAUCGAAUUAUACUCUGUAAAACAAACUAUUUAUUUCCGCAAGAUGCGUGUCUCGAAACAUCGAUGAAGAUAAUCAAAAUACGUAUUUUCCUGCUCAAACUUCUGAACCCCAAGUCACGUUCAUAGGAAUCGUAUAACGUCUUCCGUUACUUAGCAUGGUACGGUCUUUCAUCGUAGAGGAACGUCGAAGAAGGGAAACUCGGUUUAGGAAAAUGUUUCCAGUCGGUUUCGUGAUUUCUGUAUUUCGAUCUGUUUCUUAUGAAAACAGGGAAGGCUAUCCAGGAGUUCUAUUGCGCCUAAUUUUUGUAUGCAAUACAACGCAAUAAUUACCUAUUGUAUCACCUGUGAUCCAAAGUGCAACAAUAGCCGAGCGGCACAUUUAUUGUGUUACAUUGUAAGAGAUUAAUAUGUGAUCAUUGUUAAUUCUUGUUUCUUUGUGUACACGCAUUUUACUUAUUUGUUAUCGGUUUUUAGCUUUAACCAUGAUAAAUAUAAAGAAUGUUAUAAUUUAUA